GAAGCACAAAUAAGCUAAUCCAGUUUAGUUAACUAAUUAAUUCCCUAAAAUGCUAACCGCGCUGACUAGACCAGCAGUCCAGCACACAACACUAGGCUGUCAACGACUUGGAGCGCGCGGCACGCAUAGCUGGGAAAAAUACUCUCGUGUCUCCUCUACUUCAGCGCGCGCGGGACAGCAACCGCAAGGGACGAAGAACACAGAGAGGCAGCAUGCCACCAUCCCCUCCCAUGGCGACGACGGAGCGGCGGCGGCGGUGCGGCCAACGUCAGCGCAGGGACAAGCACAAGAGGGGCUCGUCGAUGAAGGUGGCCGGGGCCGGGGACGGAGCAGCGGCGGUGAUGACGACCGUCGAGGACGUCCCCGACCACCUCCUCGAGGUCAUCCUCCUGCGGCUGGACUCCUCCGUCUCCCUCCUCCGCGCGGCGGCCGCGUGCACGCGGUGGCGCCGCGUCGUCGCGGACGCCGGCUUCCUCCGCUCCUUCCGCUCGCUCCAUGGGGCGCGCCACGUCGCCGGGCGGUACCACACCGUCGACCCUAGCUUCGGGUGGCCACCGUCGGCAGGUGGCAGCUCUGUCGUCUUUGUGCCGUCGUCGCCGCCGGUGAUCGGCGUGGCAAGCCGCUUCUUCUCCCUUGACUUCCUCCCGGACUACGACGACGGCAACUCAUGGUCAUGGGAGCUUGUGGACAGUCGAGGCGGCCUCCUCCUCUUCUCCAAGAAGAGAAAAUCCACCGGUAGGUGGGCUGCAAUGGCGGACGCCCGCGGCUUCAGCUUCCCUGACCUCGUCGUCUGCGAGCCGCUGACACGGCGAUACCAGGGGAUUGCCUCUGCGGUAUACUUCAGAAGACACCCAUGCCUCGGAGUCUUCCUGCUCGACGGCGACGCGGCCGACGCCGACGACACAGGAGGCGGCGGCAUCGGCAUGUCCAAUUUCAGAGUUGUCGCCGCUCUCCACGACCGCACAUGGCAGCACGACGGUGCCGUGCCAUUGGCGUGCGUGUUCACCUCCGGAAGCGACGGCGGGUGGCGCGUACUGCAGAGCGCCGCCGCCGCCGCCGUCGACCUGCCGGAACGAUUCGAUUUCAUCAACUUCGCAGGCCGUGCCGGCGGCUGUCUCUACUGGGGAAUCGACGGCGAAGACGGCGCCAUGCUCGUCCUCGACGUGGCCACCAUGCGAUUCUCGAUCGACAUGUUCCCGGAGACCAUCCGGGCGUCGUACGACAAAUGGACCUUCCGGGUCAUCGACGGCGGCUACGCUCUCCGCGUCGUCCGCGUGAUGCGCAACGACCUCAAGGUGUUCGCGCAGCUCGCCGGCAGCGGCGAGUGGGUGGUGGAGAGGCUAGUGAGCCUGCCGGAGGCCACACGCGAGCUGCCGGGGCGCAGGGAGACGUACUUCCGGCAAGAAGCCAAGAUCGUCGCGGCGAACGCGGCGUACGUCCUCCUGACGCCGCAGGAGAAGAAGAGGUGGCUCUUCUCCGUGGAGCUCGAGACGGGGAAGGUGGAGCGCCGCCAUGAGAGGAACAGGUACGCCGGAGCGGCUUACUCGUACGAGCUGCCUUGGCCGCCGGCGUUGCAGGCUUGUGCGGAUUACGGUGGUGGGAGACGGCGACGCCGUUGAGCUGUGUAAAAUUAUACUCCCUUUCUACUCGUAAAGGAAAUCUUUUAGGACAAUAUUUAAGUCAAACAUUGGAAAUAUAAAUCAUGAAUAACUCUUAA